CGUCCAGCAGCUGAUCGGUAAUCCAGAAGAAGUUUCCCCUCAGUUAGGGGGGAGCUCCACUUUGAAGCAGGAGACUCCGCAACCACCCUGCAUCAAAAAGGAAGAGGAGGAACUCUGCAUCACUCAGGAGGGAGAGUGUCUUCUAGGACGAGAGGAAGCUGAUUACACCAAGUUUCCACUGAGUAUUCUCUCUGUGAAGACUGAAGAUGAUGAAGAGAAACCACAAGUAAACAACCUCUUAGCUCCACUAUCAGAUAGUGAGGCUGAAGAUGAGGUUGAAGAACCUUUGAGCAGAGAUAAAGACUGUGAAGGUGAUAUGAGGACUCGCACUGACAACAAACACUCUGAAUGCUCUACAAAGAAGAGAGGUAAAACAUGUUUGAGCUGCUCAGUUUGUGCUGAAAGUUUUACUACAGAGUGCAAUUUGACUCGACACAUGAGAACACACACAGGUGAAAAACCAUUUAAUUGUUCAGUUUGUGGCAAAAGCUUUUCUGUUAAGUGCUAUUUGACUCAACACAUGAGAACACACACAGGUGAAAAACCAUUUAAUUGUUCAGUAUGUGGCAAAAGCUUUUCUCAAAAUAGCCAUUUGACUCGACACAUGAGAACACACACAGGAGAAAAAACAUUUAAAUGUUCAGUUUGUGGCAAAAGCUUUUCUCAAAAUAGCAUUUUGACUCAACACAUGAGAACACACACAGGUGAAAAAACAUUUAAUUGUUCAGUUUGUGACAAAAGCUUUUCUCGAAAUAGCAUUUUGACUCAACACAUGAGAACACACACAGGUGAAAAACCAUUUAAUUGUUCAGUUUGUGACAAAAACUUUUCUCAAAAUUGCCGUUUGACUGAACACAUGAGAACACACACAGGUGAAAAACCAUUUAAGUGUUCGAUUUGUGGUCACAACUUUUCUAUUAAGAACCGUUUGACUGAACACAUGAGAACACACACAGGUGAAAAACCAUUUAGUUGUUCAGUGUGUUGUAAAAGUUUUACUAAAAAGAGCCAUUUGACUCGACACAUGAGAACACACACAGGAGAAAAAACAUUUAUUUGUUCAGUUUGUGGCAAAAGCUUUUCUCAAAAUAGAUCUUUGACUCGACACAUGAGAACACACACAGGAGAAAAACCAUGUACUUGUUCAGUUUGUGGCAAAGGCUUUUCUCAAAAUAGCUAUUUGACUAAACACAUGAGAACACACACAGGUGAAAAACCAUUUAGUUGUUCAGUUUGUGGCAACAGCUUUUCUCAAAAUAGCAAUCUGACUCAACACAUGAGAACACACACAGGAGAAAAAACAUGUAAUUGUUCAGUUUGUGGCAAAAGCUUUUCUCAAAAUAGCAUUUUGACUGAACACAUGAGAACACACACAGGAGAAAAACCAUAUAAGUGUUCAGUGUGUGACAAAAGCUUUUGUGUUAAGACCAAUUUGAUUAAACACAUGAGAACACACACAGGUGAAAAACCAUUUAAUUGUUCAGUUUGUGGCAAAAGCUUUUCUCAAAAUAGCUGUUUGACUCUACACAUGAGAACACACACAGGUGAAAAACCAUUUAAUUGUUCAGUUUGUGGCAUAAGCUUUUCUCAAAAUAGAUGUUUGACUCACCACAUGAGAAUACACACAGGAGAAAAACCAUGUACUUGUUCAGUUUGUGGCAAAGGCUUUUCUCAAAAUAGCUAUAUGACUAAACACAUGAGAACACACACAGGUGAAAAACCAUAUAGUUGUUCAGUUUGUGGCAACAGCUUUUCUCAAAAUAGCAAUCUGACUGAACACAUGAAAACACACAUCGGUGAAAAAACAUUUAAUUGUUCAGUUUGUGGCAAAAGCUUUUCUGGUAAGACCAAUUUGACUAAACACAUGAGAACACACACUGGAGAAAAAUCAUUUAGUUGUUCAGUGUGCUGUAAAAGGUUCCAACAUAAUGCAGACGCAGUAAAACACAUAAGAACACACAAGGGAAAAUAACCAAUUAGUUGUUUAGUUUGUGGUAUGUUGCUCAUAUGUGGUGACAUCCACCCUACCCAGGACCUCCUCACUGCUUCUUUCACAAAUAUCUGAGGUAUUCAUACAAACUUGGAUUAUUUGAAGCAUAAUCUUAUCUACUCAUGACCCCAUGUCUUCUCUGUAUCUGAAACCUUCCUGAACAGUAAGAUAGAUGAUGCUUCAAGUGCUUGGUUACUCCUUCUUCAGUCCAGGGACCUGGGGCCUCAUGUGUCAAGUUUGUACACGCUCAAAAACCUGCACUACACCCUUUUUCACUGCAAAGUUGAGAUGUAUCAAAACUGACUAACGCAUAAGUGAUGCUGGGUAACUGUUUGCAUAACCAAGUGCCAACUUUUACUCCUCAGACUGAUUGAUGUGCAAAUCAGAGACAUAUGAACAAUUAACACCCAACACCCACAACCCAACCCCCACCUCCCUCGACAUGGUCCUGGUGGAGAUCUACACUCUUAGUGCUUUUCUUCUUUAUUCAGAGUAAUGAUUUGACUUUCUAAAGGUUUUGAACUACUAAGUGGGUUGAAAAAUAUGUAUGUGUUUCUUGUAGAAUUUAAAAUGUAGAAUUGUUUUUCUUCAAUGUUUGCCCUUUUUCUGGUUUGA